UCGUGGCGACAAGAGCAGAGACAACGCAGAAAUUACGAGGAUAUCUCGCAAGGGUGGAAUAUAUGCUGUGGGCGUCCCCCGAAAAAGCGGGGGCACUUAAGAGCUGCAGAAAUUGGUCUCAUCGCAAGUAAAUAUCAACCAUCGUCGAGUGGCAAAAGGACGUCGUUUUCGAGUCGUAGUAGUGACGCGAGCCCGGUUGCGAUUGGUAUCGAACAACUAAAUCAGCAACAUUCGCUCGAGCAAAAAUCUUCCGUCCGUGACGAGAAUAACCAGCCCGUGGAACGACAACAGUCCAUUUCUACUCGAAACUCGUCUGCAGUUGCAUCAGUUAAAUUAACUUCAGAAGUAACCUCGACGGCGGAAGCCGCCUCCGAGGUUCCCGGCGCAAUCAAGACGACCAUCAAUAUCGGCAUUGCGAUGAACCACGUUAACGAUCAGGAAAAUCUUAAACAGCUCAACCUGGCACCGGUUCAGGUCAAUGAAGUCGAAGAAAUGGAUACACAAGAAGGAGAAACACCAAAUGAUGGUGGAGGAGAUGGUAAUGAUACUAGUCCUAUGAACGGAGAAUCAGAAUUAGCUUGUAUAGUUCAAGAUCAAGAAAUGGAGGAAGAUGAAGCAAGAUCAGAAGCAACAUUUCGUUAUACAGUGGAAAAUCUUUCUAAAAUGAAAGAAACCCAGUUGUCACCUCCAUGUUAUGUUCGUAAUUUACCAUGGAAAAUAAUGAUAAUGCCAAGGUCAAGUCAGACACAAGAUAGAGCUCCUCAGAAAUCUCUUGGUUUUUUUCUGCAAUGUAAUGGAGAAAGUGAAUCAUCGUGGAGUUGUUAUGCAGUUGCAGAUCUUCGACUACUUUCUUGUAAGGAAGGACAGGAACCAUUUAGUAGAAAAAUUCAACAUCUCUUCUAUAGUAAAGAAAAUGAUUGGGGAUUUAGUCAUUUUAUGACAUGGCAGGAUGUCCUGGAUCCUGAUAAAGGUUUUAUUAAAGAUGAUUCUAUUACACUUGAGGUUCAUGUCAUGGCUGAUGCUCCACAUGGUGUCAGCUGGGAUAGUAAAAAGCAUACAGGAUUUGUAGGCUUAAAAAAUCAAGGUGCUACAUGCUAUAUGAACUCUUUACUUCAAACUUUGUAUUUUACGAAUCAGUUACGUAAAGCAGUUUACAAAAUGCCAACAGAAAGUGAUGAUUCUAGCAAAAGUGUUGCUUUGGCUUUACAAAGGGUAUUUCAUGAAUUACAGUUCUCUGAUAAACCAGUAGGUACAAAAAAAUUAACCAAAAGCUUUGGUUGGGAAACAUUGGAUUCAUUUAUGCAACAUGAUGUACAAGAAUUUUUACGAGUGCUUUUAGACAAGUUGGAAAGUAAAAUGAAAGGUACAUGUGUAGAGGGUACAGUGCCAAAAUUAUUUGAAGGAAAGAUGGUCUCAUUUAUCAAAUGUAAAAAUAUUGAUUACAAAUCAACUAGAGUUGAAACUUUCUAUGAUAUACAGUUAAAUAUAAAAGGAAAAAAAAAUAUUUAUGAGUCUUUUAAUGAUUAUGUGAGUACUGAAAGUCUGGAUGGUGAUAAUAAAUAUGAUGCGGGAGAGAAUGGAUUACAAGAGGCAGAAAAAGGUGUUAUCUUUUCAUCAUUUCCGCCAGUGUUGCAUUUACAUUUAAUGCGAUUUCAAUAUGAUCCAGUUACAGAUUGUUCUGUAAAAUUUAAUGAUAGGUUUGAAUUCUACGAAAAAAUAAGCCUUGGCAAAUAUUUACAAAAUAAAGAAGCAACAAGUGCAGAUUAUACAUUGCAUGCAGUCUUAGUACACAGUGGGGAUAAUCAUGGUGGGCAUUAUGUUGUAUUUAUCAACCCAGCAGGUGAUGGAAAAUGGUGCAAAUUCGACGAUGAUGUCGUCUCAAGGUGUACGAAACAAGAAGCUAUUGAACACAAUUAUGGUGGUCAAGAUGAGGAUAUGUCUAUAGCUGUGAAACAUUGUACGAACGCCUAUAUGUUGGUGUACAUAAGGGACUCUGAGCUGGAAAACGUCCUACAAGAAGUCAAGGAAGAGGAUAUACCUCAAGAGCUGGUGGAGAGGCUGCAAGAGGAGAAGAGGCUGGAACAAAUACGAAGAAAGGAAAGAACAGAAGCAUACUUGUAUAUAACCGUCAACGUCCUUCUUGAGGAUAAUUUUGACGGUCACCAAGGGAAUGACUUAUAUGAUCCAGAGCAUGCUUUGUAUCGUGUAUUUCGCGUACGUAAGCAGUGUACCUUGCACGAGUUUCUCGAAUUGCUGAGUGAUAGCUUGAAAUAUCCAAUAGAACAAAUUCGUUUGUGGCCGUUGAAUGUGCGUUCAAACCAGACUUGUAGACCAAUGCCAAUUGAAUUAGAAAAUGAUCUACAAAAAUCUAUUUACCAAUGCGCGGAGAACCCAAAUGUUUGGAACGUGUUUGUUGAACUUGUUCCUCCAGAUUCUGAUCUAACAGCAUUGCCACCUUUCGAUAAAGACACCGAUGUUCUGCUAUUUUUUAAAUUAUAUGAUCCCAAAAAUAAGAAGAUUCAUUACUGUGGACAUCAUUAUAUGCCUGUCACAGCUAAAGUCCAGGAACUUAUACCAAUCUUAAAUGAAAGAGCCGGUUUCCCACCUGAUACAGAAUUGGCUCUUUACGAAGAAAUCAAACCAAACUUGGUAGAAAAGAUAGACAACUUAACAGAACCAUUAGAGAAAGUCCUUGAGGAGUUAAUGGAUGGAGAUAUAAUUGUUUUUCAAAAAGAGGGUGACAAUCAAAUGUAUGAGCUUCCAACAUGUAGAGAAUACUUCAAAGAUCUAUUUCAUAGAGUAGAAGUUACAUUUUGUGAUAAAACAAUUCCUAAUGAUACUGGUUUUACAAUGGAACUUUCAUUAAGAAUGACAUAUGACCAAAUGGCAAGAGCUGUGGCACAGAGACUUGGUACAGAUCCUUAUCUUUUGCAAUUCUUUAAAUGUCAAACCUACAAAGAUUCACCUGGUCACCCACUAAAAUGCACAUUUGAAGGUUCGUUGAAAGAUUUGGUUUCUUAUUGUAAACCUAAAGCAAAAAAGUUAUAUUAUCAGCAACUUAGUAUUAGAGUAAAUGAACUCGAAAACAAAAAGCAGUUCAAAUGUAUAUGGGUUGGUCCGUCUCUUAAAGAAGAGAAGGAAAUUAUUCUUUAUCCUAACAAAAAUGGAACAGUAGCAACAUUGCUGGAAGAAGCUAAAAAACAAGUAGAAUUAUCAGAAAACGGAUCUGGAAAAUUAAGGAUAUUAGAAAUUAAUUCUAGUAAACUUUCGCCUGGUCCAAGGGAAGAUGUACCUUUAGAUAAUUUAAAUACAUCUGGCACAAAAUUAUACAGGAUAGAAGAAAUUCCAAACGAUGAGUUAAAUUUAGCAGAAGAUGAAAUGUUGGUUCCUGUUGCCCAUUUCCAUAAGGAUAUUUUUUCAACAUUUGGUAUUCCCUUUUUCUUUAAAAUCAAACAUGGUGAGCCUUUCCCAAAGAUGAAAGAAAGAUUAUUGAAGAAGUUGGGGGUACAAGAAAAAGAAUUUGAAAAGUUUAAGUUCGCGGUGGUGACGAUGGGUAAACCACACUUUAUUAUGGACUCGCCAGAGUACUGCAUGGACCUUGCAGAUUUCCGUAUUCAUCCAAAUCAAAUUUAUCCAUUUUUAAACGCAGGCACAUCGCCACUUAGGCCUUGGCUUGGCCUAGAACACGUCAACAAAGCGCCAAAGCGCUCUCGUAUCAACUACCUCGAAAAGGCCAUUAAAAUUUACAAUUAAAUUUUCAUCACAUGAAGAAGAAUGAAAUUAGGCAGCCACUCAUAUAAUUUAUACGACUCUAUAGUAAGAAAGCGACGUUUGACAUAGGAUGGUUGGAAAUGCGUUUAUGUAUUCGGUUCUUCAACCAGAUAGUGCGCGGUUUUAAUAUUAUGAUCAUGUUAACAAAAGGUAAAUCUACGCUUUGUAUACGAUGGAUUAAGAGACUGUAAUGAACAUGCAAUGAUAUUUUAUACAUCAUGGAAGUUCUCCCUUUCGAAUCGACAGGGAUUUUACGUAAUGGCUGGAUCAGUCAUAUAUACUGAUGAUUGAUUCCACUCUACUGCAACAAUGGAUUCUAUCUGUGAAAUUUGUAAAUAUUUUGUCACUCGGUGACAGUUAUUUAACAAAUAUUUUUGAAAGUAGUGUUUUUCACUGCUUUUACGUCUAUCAAGAGUAAGAAUUUAUUUAAAAGCAUAUUUUAUUACUAAGUAAAAAAAUGCUUUUGUGUCAAGAAACAGUAAGGUAUUUAUAAAUAUAGUGCACUAGUUUAGAAAAGUAUAAUUCUUUUUAAAAUCUCGGUUAUUUGAUCCUGCCAUGUAAAAUCUUUGUAGCUGAAUAUAAUGAGACCCAAAGAAACAUUAUGUACUGUUCUACGUGAUGUAAUACUUAACGCCCAUUAUCACGAAAGAAUUGUCUACAUAUUCCUGUUUUAUAUUAUAUUCAGGAUGUUUGAAACGCAGGCAUACAAUUACUUUUUAUAACCUUCUUCAUAUUUCUUCGCAAAAUAGCAGAACAUUAACAUCUUGUUUAUAGAUUUGUUGCUUAUUAUACUUUAAUUGAAGGGGAAUGUAAUUAAAUAGUACGAAAUUGUUGCAUAACAAAAAUUAUUAUAAAAUAUUUACAAGAUAAUUCAUAAAUAAAAUUUUCGAUUUGCUUUCCAAACACCCUGGAUCUUUUUAUGUUUGAGUAUAUUUUUUUUUGUGUGUUUUCUCUACAUCUUUUCCUAUAUAUUUUACUGGGAUUCUAUGAAAUUUUGCAAAUAUCUAACAGUAGACUAACAUAUUAAUGAAGCAGUUUCAAUUAAAAUAACAAAAAACUGAAAAAGAAUGCAUCAAAUAUGGGGAAUGUUGAAUUCACUGUGCUAUGAACAUAACUAUAUGGAAUGCAUCGGAAGAUAAAAGUUGUUGAUUUAAAAAAAAGUGUUAUUUCACCAUUUCAUUAAUUAAGCCUUUGCUUUUGUUUUAUUAAACAUUAUUUCAUAGCUUUGUUCUUUUCUUUUUUAUUCUUUGCAUACACUCUACGCACGAUAACUUGCCACGAUAUUAUUACUAGAUUUCCUAUUUAUGAAUCAUCUUUUAUUCAACAUUUUCUCCUCUCUUAACUGUGAUUAUAGUCUUUCUUCGAAACGUUUAAAUCUAUGGCUCCACAAUACCUAAGAAUGUUACUAAAUGUUGAAAAAAGAUGGAGCAAUUUAUUCAAUUUAUUUAAUAAAUAAAUCUUUUUCUAAGAGAAUAGUUUGUUGCAAUUAUUAAAAAAUAAAGAAAAGAAAGAGUUUUAAACUUUCAAAGAACUCUUCAAAUAGGUCAAGUUAAUGAUUUUAAUUCGAGCUAAUUAGCUGUUAGUCUAUUAGAAUAAUAAAUUGCUGCAGCUCAAUUGGAGCGGUAAUUUAUAUCGAUUGAGUAUAUAAUUUAAAGAAAUACGUCAAAUGUAGCUCUUACAAUGAGUAUGUAUUAUUCAUGAUGUCACAUGUUUUCUAGAGCGUAUUUCAACAUCGACGAAUAAUUACUAUGAAUCGAUAAUACAUAAGAAAUUUAUGCGAUGUGCAGUAAUAUUUACGAAGACUGGACAUGCUAAUUGCGAAGAUUGCAAUAUUUUGUAAACCUAAACGUGAUUGUACAGCUAGUUUGACUAACUACAGCCGUAAUUUUAAUCAUGUAUAUGCUUGCAAAUGUUUCGUUAUAAACAAGCAACUUGCAGUCGCUUAUUUUUGUUUUCGAAAAUAAUUUUAAUAUAUCUUCUGUUAAAAGAUAUAGACAGAAAUUCUUAAAUAACACAUUUCAUGAAAUGAACUUUCUUUGUUCUAUUUUUCUUUUUAUUUCUUUUUCAAUUCAUAAGAUUAUUAGAAUCAUGUAAAGAUAAGACACUAAAAGGAAGUACAUAUUUUUUAAACAUUGGAAAAAUCGAAAACUUCAUUUUUCUUUUAAUUAAAUUAUAUACAAAAACUUAAUGUUUAAUUUUUUGUAAAAAUAUUAGUAUUUAUAACUGAUUUUCCUGACAAAAGUAAAGCGAAAGUUUUGAUCAAAGGAUGUCAUGAAUAGAGCAUAUGUAUUUACCUGGAAACAUAUGUAUUCAUUAUGAAAAUAUGAAUUACACAUUUUAUUAAAUAUAGAUAUCAAUUCCGUAUAUUAGUUGUAUACAUAUACGUUUUAUUGUUACGUUCCUCAAUGAAUACUAACAAUAACAAUGAUUUUAAAGUUGGAGAUAGUAUGAAUAUCACUUAUGACGAUGUUAAUAGUAUCUAUGUAUUUUUUGCACUAAAUCAUAUGAAAGUUAUAUUUGAAAAGAAUUAUUUAAGUUAUUGUAUUAUAAUAAAAAAGAGAAAAGGAAACGAAAAAAAAUAUCAAAUUUACAUGUAACAAAUAAUCCGCGAAAAUAUGCACUUCUGAUAUAUAAUAUAAUGCUUGUAAUUAAUUGUAAUGCUGUUUCUGUUUUUGUACAGCUAAUAUUGUAGCAGCUGCUCAAUUGUGAUUGUAAAGUUCAUCAAUAAUUUUUCACUAAUUUUUUUCUAAGCAAAUAAAAAGCAAAAUACACACAAUAAACGAGACUAUACAAAAUGCAUAUACAAGAUAAUAAAUAAGAAAAAGAACA